AUGCCUGUCCCAGAAACAUUCAAUCGACUAAGAAUCUUUGAAACGGGUAAUCUAGAUAAGCUUGUGAUUGACAGCAACUCCACUCUCGAUUCUCUUGGUCCCCACGCUAUAAAUAUCAAAGUGUCUUACGCGGGGAUCAACUACAUCGACACCUAUUUCAGAUCUGGUUUAUACCCAGUUAGCUUGCCCUUUAAUCUCGGUCAAGAGGGUUCUGGCACUGUUGUCGACGUUGGCUCACAAGUUACUCGCUUCAAGCCAGGCCAAUCUGUAGCUUUCUACUCGAAUGGUUCGUUGUCUGAGUACACACAGGUUGAAGAAUCCAAAGCUGUUGCUUUAGACACCAAGAACGUAUCAGAAUUUGAUGCUGCGACGGUCCUUUUGCAAGGUCUCACCGCCUGGACCUUCCUUAAAGAGGCACAUAACGUCAAGAAAGGUGACAAAGUGCUUGUACAUGCAGCAGCCGGUGGCGUUGGUUUGAUAUUGGUUCAACUCGCAAAGUAUUUGGGUGCAAUCGUCAUCGGAACGACUUCAACAGCAGAGAAGGCUCAACUUGCAAAAGCAAAUGGUGCAGACCACGUUAUUUUAUACACCGAGGAAAACGUCGCAGAGCGUAUUAAUGAGAUAACAAACGGCGAAGGAAUCGAUGGUAAUUUUGAUGGAGUUGGAAAAGAUACGUUUGAUUUAGCUUUUCAAGUCGCUGCUAGGCGUGGAACUAUCGUAUCUUUCGGUAAUGCAUCCGGCGCUGUUCCCCCAUUUAGCAUUCUACAACUCACACCUAAGAACAUCAAACUACUCAGACCUUCAGUGAUGAAUUACAUUGCUACAGCUGAAGAGCUCGAUAGAUACUCUGCUGAGCUGUUCGAUCUCAUUGAGAGAGGCGUGCUCAAAAUACACAGACACGGUGUAUACAGCUUCGAUAUCGACAGUCUCAAACAGGCGCAAGCUGAUAUAACAUCGCGUGCAACUACGGGAAAGCUCGUCGUUAAAGUAUCAGAUUAA